AUGUCUUCUUACUCCUCGUUCGCAGUGAUCGGUGCUGGCACUCUCGGUGGCCCCAUCCUCGCCGCCCUCGCCGCCCAGCCCUCAGCAAAAGUCAUCCUCCUCUCCCGCAGCGCGUCCAAGUCGGUUCCAGAAAAUGUCCAGGUCGUACAAGUCCCAUCGUACGAGGACGUCGCCGCCGUCGCCGCUGCGCUCAAGGCGCACAACUCUCUCGUCGACGCGGCAAAGCAAGCCGGCAUCAAGCUGUUCGUACCGUCCGAGUUUGGCGCGUCGUCGGAGGGACAGACGGAGGGUCCAUUGGGCGAGAAGAAUAAGAUCGUCGGCUCUUAUUCUUCUUUGUGCCAGAUGCUGAUUGGAAACCGACAGACCGGGUUGUUUAUCGAGUAUGUGUCGUGGGUCGUGAACUACAACGCCGAGGCCAAGAAGCUGUACGUGGUCGGCAAAGCGGACGGAACUGUGUCGACCACAUCGAUCGGAGACAUCGCUGGCUAUCUCGCGCACGUCCUGACCCAGCACCCUCCCGCUGUCCUCGAGAACAAGAUCCUGCGCAUCGAAGGCGACCGCAUCCCAGGCUACCGCUCCCUCGGGCCGCUCUUCGGCGCGCAAGUCGAGACGGUCGACACGAUGGAAGACCUCGCCGACCGGGGUGUCGCGACCACGGGCCACGGCGUCAGAGGUAUGUCCGACGAGGAGGCGUCCCGGAGUGGGAACGCACUGUGGGCGGGCCACCGGUGGGAGACCAUCAGGGAUUUUUACGGCUUGUAG